UGCAAGCCCCCAGCCCCACGCAGUGCUGUUCAUCCAGUGGGGCAUCCCCGGGAUCCUCUGGGACUCCAAACGCUUCUGUGCCAGUGGGCUGCUGCACCAUGUUUCUCUUCUCCAAUAAACACAAGACCCCUGUCAGCACUUACACCGACUCCUACCGCCCGCCAUGCUCUAUCAAAAAGACCUACCAUGAGCAGGAUCUACAGCAGCUCUGGAAAGAAAACAAGUUUGUGACCCAGGGAUUAAUGAUGCCUCCAGUGCAAAAUCCGACAAGCCAAGGUCAGCCCGAGCAGCUGAUUAAGACAUCAGUGCAGGAGUGCUACAGGAACACCAUCACUGCCUACUGGCCCGAGAAGUACUGGCUGUCCAGGUCCAAAGAGAAGUACAACCCAGUUUUUGUCAACGAGAACAAAUACAUCUCCUGGAGAACAAGUCCCUACAACAGCAUAGCCUGGAAUAGGCACUCGUCUUACCUCCCGCUCCUGCACAAGGAAACAAGGACGGAGACCUUCCUGCACAGCAUACCCGGACCAUACAUCCCAAAGCCCACCUGCCUCAAUCAAUUUGAGAGGGAUAUGGUAGCCAACAUGUUGCACAGGCUGUCAUGCCACUCCCCACCAUCUCUGCAGCCUCUGUACACCAUGACAGGGAGGGGGCCCUUCCAGGGCUACUACAGCCCCUGCUCUGGGCGCCACUACUGCCUGCGAGGGAUGGACUACUAUGUUGAUGGGGCCUCUGCCACCAGAAGGCAUCUCUAUGCACUACGAGAGAGGGCUGUAAGGAGUAUCCCGUGCUGCAGUUACAGCCCCAGAGCAGUGUUCUGUACAUCUGCACAUGGCCCCCAGCCACCCUCCCUGUGCAGGAGCCCUAGGUGGGACACAAGCCACUUCCGGAAGACAGGAGGAGUCCACAGAGGCAGCUACAUCGUCCACCCUGAGUUUGUCUCAGAGGCUUACUCUGCACCUUAG